AUCGACGAAAAAGUUCGAGAAAUUAUAAUAAGAUUUUGAAAGGAGAUAAAUAAAAGAAAAGAAAAGAAAAGAGAAAAGAGAAAAGAAGAGAAGAGAAAUGGCAUUAUCGAUAGCCUUGCCUCUAUCCGGUCUAGAACCUGAACAUUUUGCCUCCAUAGGGGCAAGAAUUUUGUACGAACGAGGUUUGAGAAUUUUGUCCGGCAAUCCACCGAUUUCACCGAGUACCGCGAGUGAAUCAAGUGGGAUCUCCAGUUUCGUACCCUCCACCACCGAAUCAUCAACACCCGAUGAAACGCCAAUUUCAUCGAGACCGGAAACACCCGCCGAGGAAACGAUCAAGAAGGGGGAUCAAACGAAGGAAGAGGAGGUGUGUUUACCGCUCCGUAUCUAUUAUAGGCAACGCGACAUAUUGAAUUUGGGAGCGAAUGUCAGAGAGCCAUUCUGGCAAAUGAGAGUUCCAACGAUGCCACGAUACGAUUUCAAAAGUUUCGUCGAGAAUAGGUCGGUGUAUUAUCGGUUAGGCGAAUUCGGAUUGACGGAAGAUUAUCCAACGAGAAUGUGCACAGAUUGUGGGUUCUGCGAACCAUCGCCAUACCUGUUUUAAUCUGUCGACAUCGACGUUGAAAACAACCGACAAGAAGAACGACGUUGCGAACAACUAACUGUCAUAAAUAGAUAGACAAGCGGCAGCCGGCUCGAAUUCACGAAGUGAAACCAAAAAAAAAACAAAAAAAAA